AUGGAGACGUGUUUUCGCAGACUUUGGCUGACAGUUGUUCUGGCAUCGAUUUUGCGGAGAUCAGUCGCGGUAGGGCCGGUUAUCCGGUGCGAACCAUGUGAUGCUGGAGCCCGGCUCCUGUGCAAGCCGUUGCCCAAGGACUGCGCGGAGAGAGUUCGCGAACCGGGCUGCGGGUGCUGCAUGACUUGCGCGCUGGCCUUUGGAAAGCCGUGCGGAGUGUACACCGGGAGAUGUGGCUCCGGGAUGACAUGCCAGCACCAGCCCGGCGAGAAGAAACCUCUCCAAGCUCUGCUAGAAGGACGAGGACAGUGUGCAAACGCGACCAUUAAAAGAACUGUUGCCACUAUAAUCAAUGAGAGACAAGAAAAUGAUGGUGGUAUUCAGGAGGAGGAGCGAAACACCACCGCCCCAGUGCUCCAAGCCUCCUUCAGCACCAGCAGACCUCCUGUAGGCCCCCCCAGAAUCCCCCAUCACCCCCCUCUCCUCCACCCUGUCAAGGCAGAGGUCAUCCGCAGGGAGCAGCUGAAGAGGGCCCAGAGUUACAAGAUGGAGGAAGUACCUGGAGCACUCAGCACAGACCAACAGAACUUCUCCCUGGAAGCCAAGCAGGACCCAGAGUAUGGUCCCUGUCGAAGAGAGAUGGAGAGUAUCCUCAAUGGACUGAAGAUCACAGACAUCCUCAACCCCAGAGGCUUCCGCAUCCCAAACUGUGACAAGAAGGGCUUCUACAAGAAAAAACAGUGCCGUCCAUCCAAGGGCAGAAAGCGAGGCUUUUGCUGGUGUGUCGAUAAGUAUGGGCAGCCAUUGCCAGGUUUUGAUGGGAAGGAGAGAGGAGAUGCUCAGUGCUACAACUCAGAGAGCCAAUAA